GGCACCUCUUUUUGCUCAGCGUUGACCCAACCCGUCUUUCUCAUCUUGCUUAGUUGCGGCACAGUUUGCCGAGCGGUUGGCCAAUUUCGGCCCAGAUCCGAAGAAAACACCGUCACACACCCUUGCAGGUCCACACACCGCCGCCAUGGACAGCGCUCAGAACGGUCAGGUUACCUUUGACGAGUACGGUCGCCCCUUCCUCAUCAUCCGUGAUCAAGACCAGAAAGCUCGCCUCUCCGGUCUCGAAGCGCAGAAGGCACACAUUCUGGCCGCUCGCUCGGUGGCCAACACGCUCCGCACUUCCCUGGGUCCCAAGGGCUUGGACAAACUUCUCGUGAGCCCUGAUGGCGAGAUUACCAUCACCAACGAUGGUGCCACCAUCCUCGACAAGAUGGAUGUGAGUCAUGAGAUUGCCAAGUUGAUGGUACAGCUGUCCAAGUCCCAGGACGAUGAGAUUGGUGAUGGCACAACCGGCGUCGUGGUGUUGGCUGGUGCUCUCCUGCAGCAGGCCGAGCAGCUCCUGGACCGCGGCCUGCACCCUAUUCGUGUUGCCGAUGGUUAUGAAAUGGCUGCCAAGGUUGCUCUGGACCGUUUGGAUGCCAUUGCCGACACCUUUCCCGUCGAUGUCAAGAACCCUGAAACGCUCGUGGAGACUGCCAUGACCACCCUCAGCUCAAAGAUUGUCAACCGGUGUCACCGCCAGUUUGCUCAGAUUGCUGUCGAUGCCGUGCUUGCUGUCGCCGACCUCGAAAAGCGCGACGUCAACUUUGAACUCAUCAAGAUGGAUGGCAAGGAAGGUGCGAAGCUCGAGGACACUAUGCUCGUGCACGGCGUCGUUCUGGACAAGACCAUGAGCCACCCGCAAAUGCCCAAGACGGUCAAGGAUGCCCGCGUGGCCAUCCUCACCUGCCCCUUUGAGCCCCCUAAGCCCAAGACCACGCACAAGCUGGACAUCAACUCGGUUGCGGCCUACGAAGAGCUGCGCAAGUACGAGCAGGAGAAGUUUGCCGAAAUGGUCCAACAGGUCAAGGACACGGGUGCCAACCUCGUGCUCUGCCAGUGGGGCUUUGAUGACGAAGCCAACCAUUUGCUCCUCCAGAAGGAGCUGCCCGCCGUCCGCUGGGUCGGUGGCCCCGAGGUUGAGCUCGUGGCCAUUGCCACUGGCGGCCGCAUCGUGCCCCGCUUUUCCGAGCUCACCGCUGACAAGCUGGGUAAGGCUGGCCUCGUGCGCGAGUUGGCCUUUGGCACCACCAAGGAACACAUGAUGGUCAUUGAAGAGUGCCAAAACUCAAAGGCCGUGACCAUCUUUGUGCGUGGUGGUAACAAGAUGAUCAUUGACGAGGCCAAGCGUAGCCUUCACGAUGCUAUUUGCGUGGUCCGCAACCUCGUCCGCGACGACCGUGUGGUGUAUGGUGGCGGUGCCGCCGAAAUCGCUUGCUCCAUUGCCGUUAAGAACGAAGCUGACAAGGUGUCGUCGCUGGAGCAGUACGCCAUGCGUUCGUUCGCCGAUGCCCUUGAGAGCAUUCCUCUGGCCCUGGCCGAGAACAGUGGCUUGCCUCCCAUUGCCACGGUCUCCGAGGUGAUUGCCCGUCAGGUCAAGGAGGGCAACGCAUAUCUGGGUGUUGACUGCUUGAGCAAGGGCACCAAUGACAUGAAGCAGCAACACGUUCUUGAAACACUGAUUGGCAAGAAGCAGCAGAUCAGCCUAGCCACUCAGCUGGUCAAGAUGAUCUUGAAGAUUGACGAUGUCCGAACCCCCGCGAACUGA